AUGGUGCUUUGGACUUAUGGGAUGAUGCUGCGUAAUGCUCCCUGGACGGGUCAGCUGAAGGUGUUCUUGGAUGAGGGGAGGAGUGGUGAUGUUGAGACAUUCAUACUCAUGGGGAAGGGGCAUGUGGAAUCUGUGCUUGCGACGGGGAUUGCUUUGUUUGAGGGCAACUAUCCAAACGAGUUACAGGGCAACCUGCCGCAGCUUGUGAGGUCGUUGUGUGAGUUGAUGCGGGAGCUUGUCACUUUGAAGUAG